AUGGGCUUUUUCGACCACCUUCAGAAAGGAGGGGCCGGGGCCUUCUCUUUACAGCCAAAGAAGGCGCAAAUUCGCAAGGUCGUACAGACUCGACCUGCAGCUCCUACACGCUCGGUUACACAACCAUCGGAAAGUCGAUCACCUCGAGUCCAGUCGACCGAGCGGAACCGGAAGGCGCAGGCCCCAAAAUCUCGAUCGGUCUCAAGUGACCUGGACACACGCUCGGCAAAACGACUGAGUACGCCCUCGCGCAUUCGGAAAAGACCAACACCCGAACAACGACUCUCGAGCGACGAUGACGCAAGCGACAGCGAGGCUUCCUUUGAAGUGCAUAAGCGUGCAAGGACCAGCGCGAGCGCCGAACCCGACCCGGAGCGGCGUCUCCGCUCGGUGAAAGCAUUUUCGGAAGAAGGAUCUCGCCCGUUUAAAAUGAUACAUGCCGCGGAUAUAACGUCGGGAAAAAAGGCCGGCAAGUUCAAGCCCGCUUUUGGCGCCGAGGGCAAGCCCAAAGAGAUUCUCCUGCAAUACCCCAGUGCUUCGCAGCAGGAGAGAUAUGACUCCGUGGUUCCCCGAGAAAAUGACGAAUUCCGACCUAUCGACGACAUUGUUCAGGUCAUCGAAACGGUCGCCGAUAAUUACAUUCCCAGCGAGGAGGCGGAUCUGUUCAACGACGAGACGACCGGGAUCAAGCGUCGAUUGCGCCGGGCUCUGGCUGUAACAUCCGAACCCCAGUUUCGGGAAGCUGUCGAUGAUUACAACAAGGCUAUUCAGCGGUUAAGGACAAACGGCAGCCUUGCGAAACACUUGGAUGCAAAACAAAGCAUUGGUUUACCUUGGGUGGAAAGAAUUCUCACACAAAUCUACUCGCGCACGGUAUCCCCUCAUGUGGAGUCCCUCCGGCAAUACGAGAAUGGCACGGACAAUGUCUACGGAGAACUUCUCCCUCGCUUUAUCAGCACAAUUUUCAAAGAAACCAAGCUCAAAUCUGGUCAGGUCUUUGUCGAUCUUGGCUCGGGCGUAGGUAAUGUCGUUCUUCAAGCGGCACUUGAGGUUGGCUGUGAGAGUUGGGGUUGCGAGAUGAUGACAAACGCAUGUGAUUUGGCAGAUAUGCAGCAAUCAGAGUUCAAAGCCCGAUGCAGGCUAUGGGGCAUUGCACCAGGCAAAACUCAUCUUGUCCGAGGUGACUUCCUCGAGCAGGAGAGUAUCACCAGCGUCUUGAAGCGGGCUGAUGUGGUGCUCAUCAACAAUCAAGCUUUCACCCCCCAACUGAACAAUGAGCUGAUCAACCACUUUCUGGAUAUGAAAGAAGGCUGCAAAAUUGUCUCACUUAAGUCUUUUGUUCCCGCUGGUCACAAAAUCCAAUCUCGCAACCUGAAUUCUCCGAUCAAUCUCCUCAAGGUCCAGCAAAAGGAAUACUGGUCAAACAACGUGAGCUGGACUGACGUUGGCGGUACAUAUUUCAUUGCCACUAAAGACAGCUCUCGGCUAAAAGCCUUCAUUGAUAGUACGCUAUAG